ACGUAGAAUGUUAAAUCUUUGAGGUGGUGUAAUGUGGUAAUUAAGUGCCUAUGUUGUGAUUGAAAAAUGUGUUACCAAGAGCACCUUAAUUUAUUUUCGUAGGGCGUAAUUCAUUACAAAAUGAAACAAGCAAUCAAUCUUGAUUAUUAUUUUUUGUCAAUCUAAAAUGUUUCCGUAAUCUCCGUUGUAUUAAAUGUAAAUAACCCAAUCCUAGUUCCUGUAUAUGGUAUGGAUCAAGAAGAAUGCAACUUGAAAACAGAAGAUUUCCUAUUUCCUGAAGAAGAUGUGGAAUCAUCUGUAAUAAACAACAUUGAAAAAUUUGAUUGUGUUGAAGUUGAUACAUCAGACUUGGCUUGCACAAAUUUGUAUGACAUUACUUCUUCUAGCUUAAUAAAGUCUCCACUUGUAUUAGAGCUUCUGCUUUCACAUGGAUUGUUAAAAAAUGGGCUGGUUGAAGACAGACCAUUAUGUGAUACAAAUGAUGAUGAGAAAUCUUUUCAGUUCUGCUCCAUAGAUCAAAGUUAUGGUCCACCCUCAUUUCUACGUGUGUAUUCUCUGCAGCCUACUCCAAGUAAUGUGAGCAAUAUUGAGGAAGAAGAAGAUGAGAAAGGUGUUUACAAAUGCGGUUGGGAUUCUUGUGAUAUGUACUUCUUCUGUCGUAAGGAUCUUGCCUAUCAUGUGAAUAAUUCGCAUGUGAAUCAAGAUGAAAACUCUUUGUAUCGAUGCCACUGGAAUGGUUGUGCCCGGCAAGGAAAAGCUAUUAAUGCAAGAUACCGAAUGUUGAUUCACAUCAGAACCCACACACAUGAAAAACCUCAUGGAUGUGAUGUUUGUGGUAAAAAGUUUUCCAGAUUAGAAAAUUUAAGAAUUCAUAUCAGAUCGCAUACUGGUGAAAAACCAUAUGCUUGCCCUGUAGCUGGUUGCAACAAAGCUUAUUCGAAUUCUAGUGAUCGUUUUAAGCAUUCUAAAACCCAUCAAGAAGACAAGCCGUAUGUAUGUAGAGUUGAAGGAUGUGAUAAAAGAUAUACCGAUCCUAGUUCUUUGCGUAAGCAUAUGAAAUCUAGUGCUCAUGGUGGUGAAAGUAAGCAAAAGGUGAGCAGUACAUCACAAUUAGUUGAAAAUAAGAAUGGUGAUAUUUUAAUUGAAAAUUCUGUUGCAAAUAAAGAUCUAGUUAGUACACCUAUUAAAAAUACUUCCAAACUCGGUGAACGUGACAAACCUUAUGCUUGCAAAGUUGAAGGUUGUGACAAAAGAUACACUGAUCCCAGUUCACUUCGCAAACACCAAAGAGCUACCUCACAUGGUCGAGACCCAAAUACUUUAAAAGUAAAGAAAGCAGUUAAGGAAUUGAGUAUUUAUAAUUUUGAGGAAGAAAAGGUUGCUACAGGUAAUUUAAAGCUGUUCAACUUGGGUACAAGCUGUACUUCACUUAAUAAUUCUUUUGAUUUCAAAACAUACCAUAAAGAUGCACAUCUCUCGAGAGAUUCCAAUAACUUGAUAGCAAAAUCUGGAGUUAAUAAGACUUUACAGAAAAAUGUUCUCAAUUCUCAGGUAUUUAAUGGUGCCGUAAAUAUGGUAAAUAGAGAUAUAGGACUUGCAUCAAUUUCUGAUGAACCUACCAAAGAUUGUAAAGAAGAAAAGAAACACUGUUUUGGGGAAUUAAGCAAGAGGCUGAAAACUGAGGAUUCAAAACCUUUGGAUUUAAGUCUGAGUUGCUCUUCUCUAAAUGAUAGUUGUGUUGAAUUUCAAGAACUGGAAGACAAAAAAAUCUUAACUGGAUCUUGAUCAAAAUUUAUAUUUAUAGCAUAUAUUUUGUUAUGAAAUACUUUGUAUAAAUAUAUUUUAAAUAUUUUCAUAUAUCUAUAUAAAAUAAUAUAUAAGCUGUUAUGACUCUUGAAAUGUUUUGUAUUUUUAAUUUAUAUUUUGGUGUUGUGUGUCCAAAGCUAUAAAAGCAACUUUUCUAGUUGUUAUUCAUCUUGCAAGGGCUUUUGUUCUACUUAUUAAAUAAUGAAUGCAUAAUUUAGGCACGUUGGUUUUUAUGUGUGUGAAUGUGUGCAUAGUUUUUUAAGUAAAUUUUUCAUUAAAGUGACAUAGAUUAUAUAUAGGUAUUUAAAUUUUUGAUACAGAUAUCUUUAAAUUAUUUAUUAGUCAUAAUACUCAAGACGAUUAAUGGUAGAACUAUACCAUUUUCCUUUAUAUGUGAUUGUAAAUAUUUAUAGCUUGUUAUUAUGUGACAAAUUAAAUUGUGUUCAAAUAUUGCCUGUGAUAAAUUGAUUUUUUUGUGUGUAAAGAAACUAGAAAAUUUUAUUUUUUAAGCAUUUGCUUCCUGAAUAUAUGGGCUUUUAUAUGUGCAAUUAUUGCAUAUUUGCCUUAUAUUUGAUAAUCAGAGUUGUCUUGUUUUAAUAACUCUUUUUAUAUAGUGCAGUUUAGACAAUUUUAUUGUUGUCAGAAAACUACUGUCAUGUAUUGAAUCAUUGUCUGAUAAGUCCUUUUCAUAUCCUUUAAUCUGAUAAGUCCUUUUUAGACAGAAUAUGGUCUUUGUUACAUCAGUUUGAAUUGCAUGCAUUGUUUCUUAAGUUAGUGUUGUUGAUCUUGAAAGCCAAUCCAUUUGAUUAUAUAUUGAAAUUAUUAUUUUAGAAUUUUCAAUAUUCUAGUAGAAUUCUAAAUAUUUCAAAACAUUACUACUAAAGUAGUUUAUGCAAGUAUCCUUUAGAAAAGGAUGGAAGACGUUUCAUCUGGAAAAGUGAAAAAAAAAAAAAAAAUCAUCUUUGUAAGGAAUAAAGAAGAAUAAAACAACUCAACUUUAUAAAUUAAAGUUCAGCAUAUCAGGAAAUCGAAGAGUGAUACUCAAUAAUGUUUCUUUGAAUGCUUGCUUUUUAACUAUCUAAAUUUUAAAUUUUCUAAAUUUUUUGGCUUAUCAUUUUAGCAUAAAUAUUUUAGAAAAAUAUAGUGAAUAUAAUAUUCAAUUCAUUUAAACGGAUAAUUUGAAUAUACUUAUCUGUUAUUUUUUUCUGUUCCUUUCGUCUCCAAAUGAAUUUUUCUUUAUUUUUAAUCUUGCCUUGUUUAAAUAUAUAAUCCAACGGCACUGAGAGCAUUUUUAAAUGAAAUUUUCAUGAAUAGCAUCUUCUUUUCUUAUAUGCUGUUUCAUGGGAAAUUUGUUAGUAUUUAUUGGUGCACAUUUGGUUGUAUUUAUUUGGCUAUAGAAAACUAGAUCUCGCAUGGAUUGUCAAUAGAUAUUUUGGCUUUUAUCUUUGCUAAAUUACACAUCGUACGACUUACAAAUUAUGUAUUCAGUGUAUUUAGAACUGGUUUAACUGUUUUCAGCAGUCAGAAGUCUCUUUUUAACUAUUAUUGAAAGUAUCCUAUUUCCUAGACGAAUUAUGUAUGAUUUUGCUAUUCCGUUUGAUUUCUUCAAACAAGUAGCUAAAUGAAUAUUUUUGGAUAUCAGGAGUUUUGAUUAAUCUUUUUUCAAAUAAAACAAUUGUCACUAAUAAUUUGAAAUAUUUUUAUUCUAAAAUUAAACCAAAUUUUUUUUAAAUAUAUAGUUUUCUCUCUAGAUUGUAGAGAAAAACGGAAGUUUCAAUUGAAACUCACCAGUUUAGUGUUUGUUGACGAUUUUUCAUUUUUGGAAUUUAUGUACAAUUUUAUGUUGAGUGUAAUUAUGACAUUCCACUUUUUUUUGUACUCUAGUGUUUGUUAUGAAACUUGUUUCCAUUUUUUUUUCGCUCAGAAAAUAAAAAAAAAAUCGUGUUGUUUAUAGAAAUGAAUCAUUUUGCAGUUAUUUAUUAAAGUGAGUAGUUAAAAAGUACUUAAGAUGCUUAAUUAUCAAUGAAAAUUGAAUUAAUUAUGAAUCACUUGUCAUUAUGUUUCCAUUCAUGUAUUUAUUUGCCUUUUAUUUACUUGUUUGAUAAUUUGUAACAGAAUAAGUAAUGCCUAAAUUUGUUGAAUGAUUGCUAAUUGAGCAAGCUUAAGCAAGCAUUCGUCUUAACAAGAAUUUUUUAUUCAAACUUUUAACUGCACUUUUAUUUCUCUAUUUAAAAAUAUUCAAGUUGUGUUAAAAUAGGGACUUUUAAUUUUAUUUGGAAAAUAUUGUUCGUACAUAUAUUACAAUUUACU